ACUGUGAUCCACAUUGAUGAUUGAUGGGAAAAUAUUUUCCAUGAUAAAGGCCAAGAGAGCCCAAUGAGUGAUCUUGUCUUAGAGAAAGAAAGAAAAUCAUCUUUAAUUUUUCCUUCCUCUUUCCUUCCUCUCUAGUGUUUCUUCUUAGAAAUGGGCAAGUUUUCUUUUCUUUCAUCAUGGUGUUGCUUCUCAUCUCCUAAGGAAGAAACCAUUGUUGGAUCUUUAUCAUCUUCGCAACCUUCUCAACAAUUAGCCAAUGUUAGAGCUUCUUCUGCUACUACUACCGAUUUUGAGAGUUUUCUACAUACAUUCAAUGAUAGAAGGGAGCUUCAAAAUCUGAUUCAAUUUAUCGAAGAGCUAUUGAAGAUUAUGUCAGGAGAGAAGAAUGGAGGAGAAAGUAGUUCAACGGAAAGCUCUUAUAUCCAGGAUGGCCAAAAAAUCAUAGAGUUAUUCGAUAAACCCAUUGGCAAACUUCCUGAUUUCCAAUUUGGAACUGCAACAUCAACUUGUGAUAACAUUCUUAUAUGAUCUAACUCUAGCCAGUUAUGAAUUAUUGGAUUGCUAUAACUCUAAAGUAUAAACAUUAAAAGACAAAAAAAAAAGAAGAUUAAAGCACUAGCACUAUCCUAAAGAGUUGUUUAAAACAUACAGAGCUGAAAAAAAUAAAAAUUAUACAGAGCCCAUUGAGAAAAAGAUACAUUGUUUUUGGACUGAAAAUUAGUCAUCAAAAUAUAGCAAAACAGAAAUCAAACUUUUUCUCAGAAUAUUUAGCAACUCUUAUAGCUGUGAUCACCAGAAGUCUAUCUUAGAAAAACCAAUCUUUGAAAAAGAAACACGCAUCUCUCAUGCAAUGUUCAACAAAGAAGGUGCAGCAUGCAAACUGCACAUAGCUAGCAUUUAGCUGCCUGUCAAUUGGUAUUUCAUGAAAUGUAUAUAUUUUUAAAAUAUAAAUGUAAGAAAGGUUGAAGUUUCUUUAUUUU